AUGGCCGAGAGCGAGGCAGACACGCCGAGCACGCCGAUCGAGUUUGAGAGCAAAUACUUCGAGUUCGACGGAGUGCGGCUGCCGCCCUUCUGCAGAGGGAAGAUGGAGGAGAUCGCCAACUUCUCCCUCAGAAGUAGCGACAUAUGGAUCGUCACCUACCCGAAGUCAGGAACCAGUCUACUUCAGGAGAUCGUGUAUCUGGUGAGUCAGGGAGCAGACCCAGACGAGAUCGGCCUUAUGAACAUCGACGAACAGCUACCUGUCUUGGAGUACCCCCAACCCGGCCUGGACAUCAUACAGGAGCUGACGUCUCCUCGUCUGAUCAAAAGCCAUCUUCCCUAUCGGUUCCUGCCCACAGCCAUGCACAACGGAGAGGCCAAGGUGAUCUACAUGGCUCGUAACCCUAAGGACCUGGUGGUGUCCUACUACCAGUUCCACCGCUCUCUCAGGACCAUGAGCUACCGGGGAACCUUCCAGGAGUUCUGCCGGCGCUUCAUGAAUGACAAGCUGGGAUAUGGUUCUUGGUUUGAACACGUUCAGGAAUUUUGGGAACACCGUAUGGACUCUAAUGUCCUCUUCUUGAAAUAUGAAGACAUGUACAAGGAUCCGGGGAUGUUGGUGGAGCAGUUAGCCCGGUUCCUGGGUGUUUCAUGCGACAAGGCCCAGCUUGAGGGCAUGGUGGAGAGCUGCAACCAGCUCAUUGAGCAGUGCAGCAACUCAGAGGCGCUGUCCAUCUGCAGGGGUCGCGCCGGUCUUUGGAAGGACGUCUUCACGGUGUCGAUGAACGAGAAGUUUGACACCGUGUACAGACAGAAGAUGGGCAAGUCCGACCUGACCUUUGACUUCUGCUUGUGA